CCUCAACCACCAUACAUGGCUUCCUCUCCGCUCUUUCUCCUCCUCCUCCUCCUCCUCCUCCUCCUCUCUUCUCUCUCCACCGCGAACGUCCACCAGAUCAAGCUCCUCCGAUCAUCCCUCAUCUCUGAACCCGAACUUGACACCAACUCCACCGAGUCACCCACUCGCUACUUUGAAGUCACCAAGCCCAUCAAGCUCCCCAACACCAAACCUUGCUCGUACCUCAUUUUGCAGCACGACUUCGCGUACACAUAUGGCAAGCCCCCAGUUCUCGCCGACUACACCCCUCCAUCGACUUGUUAUUCGCAGAGAUUCUCAAAGAUCGUGCUCGAAUGGAGUGCCACUUGCAAAGGCAGGCAAUAUGACCGAAUUUUCGGGGUUUGGCUUGGUGGGGUUGAGCUUCUCAGGAGCUGCACUGCCGAGCCGAGAGCUACGGGAAUUUUUUGGAGUGUCAAGAAGGACAUCACUAGGUACUAUUCGUUGCUCAUGAAGAACGGUACUCUUGCCGUUUUUCUUGGCAAUGUUGUGAGUAGGACCUAUACAGGGGUUUACCAUGUCAAGAUAAAGUUUCAUUUUUACCCUGCUGAUGAUGACCAUUUGGUAGGGGAUGUGGGAAAUUCGGGGAAUUCGGUACCUGGGUAUGGCUCGAAUGCGGAUUUGAUCUUGCCCAUUUCGAGAAACUUGCCUUUGAAUGAUGGGUUGUGGUUUGAAAUCGAGAAUGCUACUGAUAUUGAGACGAAGGAGUUUAGUGUUCCCCUGAAUGUUUACAGGGCAGUGCUGGAGGUUUAUGUGUCUUUUCAUGAGGAUGAUGAGUUUUGGUAUGGGAAUCUCCCCAAUGAGUAUAUCGAGGCCAAUAAUCUUACUGGGGCGGAUGGGAAUGGUCCUUUUAGGGAGGUUCUCGUGAGUCUCGACGGUGCGGUAGUCGGUGCGGUUUGGCCUUUCACGGUGGUGUACACGGGAGGGAUCAAUCCUCUUUUAUGGAGACCCAUCACUGGCAUUGGGUCGUUUGAUCUCCCUACAUAUGACAUUGAGAUUACACCCUUUCUAGCCAAGAUAUUAGAUGGAAAGCUCCAUGAAUUUGGCUUCAGUGUCACGAACGCUUUGAAUGUGUGGUACAUUGACGCGAAUCUGCAUCUUUGGCUGGAUGAUAAGAGCACGAAAACUGCAGGGAAGCUCUUGACUUACAAUUGCAUGCCUCUAGUUGUUUCUUCGGUAUUGGAUUUUAAGGGCUUUGAUGGGAAGUUUUUGACUGGGGUCAGCCGGUCCAUAUCGUCCAGUGGAUGGGUGAAGUCAUCUUAUGGGAAAAUCAUGACCACUUGGAAGCAAGAAUUUAAUUACAGUAACGUGAUGGUCAUGGGGAAUGACGGGAACCUGCAAAUUAUUGAUCAGCUGAUCCAUUUCAAUGACAGCGUUGAUGCCAAGAGCCCGUCCUCCACCCUUGCAUCCGUCCGAGUGGACAGAAAUUUCCCGUUCUAUUUAUAUUCCAACUCUGUUGAUGAAGGACAUGACACUUCCUUAUCUGUUGCGAAUCUUACGUUUGCUUUUAAUGAGAAAAGGCUUAAGAAUUCUGGCUUCAAGCUCUCAAGUGGUUCACUGAGCAAUGUGCAGAGUGGGCAGGGUUACAUGACUGUGAAGAAUAACCUGGUAGUCAGCGGGUUAGGCAGUACUCAGCAAGUAUACAAGUAUGAUGGCACCGAUCUCUGUUACUUCAGAAAUGUGAGUAGCUCAAAUUACACAAUUCUUCAUGAUGACAUUUUCAAAAAAUGUAAGAAAGGAGCAGAGUCUCUUUAUGCAUCCAGAAUCAACAAAUGGUGGCCUUCUCACACUCGAAAGAUUUAUCUGAUCUAACCACACGGGGAUGCUUUAAAACCUCUUGUCAUCUCGGCUUUCAGCUUCUUUAUAUGCCCAAAAUAAAGACCAUUGAAAAAUCAGUAUAUAUAUUGUCAAGCACUUUUGUGGGUAUUCUUUGGAGCUCUCGUCAACAUUCCAAGCUUUUGUUUUCUUUUCCUUAAUAGAAUAACUGUAUGGAGUAGUUUCAUUUCUGUGGCCCCGGCAUUGCCGUAUAGUAUUCAGCCCGAAACCGAUUUCAAACGUC